UCAGAAAAUUCCCGUCUGUCUUGUUCGUUGGUUGGACGGGCGGGAGUCCGGCUGUCUGACACUUUGGCUGCUCGGCAUGCAAUGUUAGACCCUGGCGUCCACUUGUCAAGCCAAGAAGACUGAAGAGGCGCUGUCUAACGUGUACGCGCACCAGUCAGUCGCCGUUCAGCAUAAACGUGCGCGCACAAAGGCUUAAGCGGAUAUCCAACGAACAUUUCAGACCGUCUAACACCAAGAAAGAGAACGGGAUAGCAAGAACGAGAGCAGAAACGAAAUUUCGAGCUGCAAAAAGGCACAAGGGAACACGCGAGAAGCGACGUUUUCUGAUCUAAUGGCCGAUUUACAUACGUAUCUCGUGACGGACCCACGCUCGCGCGCGUCCAAACGCCGGGAGAGACCAGACAAGUCGGAGGAAGCCUCAAGCGCCUUUGUCGUUGUUGAUUGCAAGUUGGCUCGGUCGCGGGACAGCGUUUGUAAUGAUUAUUUGAGGCGAGAAUCGAACGAUGUUGAGUCGAGAGCGCGGAGAGAGAGCAAAGGAAGGAAAAGUUUGACGACGACGAGGACAGCCGGUCAGAUGGAUCAGCGUGAUGACACGAGAGAUGAACUAGUCGAUAAGAAACGGUCAGUCGAUCUCGUGAAACAACAGCAACAAGCAACAGAAACAAAACGUACUUACACACGAGACGACUCACACAAGGUCGUCAAAGAUACAAGACAUCGAUACGAAACUACCGGCUUUCACCUCAAGAACCACUCGAACAAUUCGUUUUCAAAACAGCCUGAACUAUUGUCACAAAUGUUGACGACCGCUAGCGAACAUGAAGUUUGUCGGUUGGAAGAACUUCUCACAUCGGUCCACAUCGCGGAACACACACGCGAUGAGCUACAGCAGCAAUGCGACUUUGUCGACACUGAAAUGUCACUAAAACAGGAAGAGAUGGAAGAACUACUGGACAGGCUCGAAGUAGGCGUCUACGAUGCUCAACGGAAAGAAACAGAUAUCAUACAGAUGGAGAAGACUCUUGAAGAAAGACAAAGGCAGUUAUUGCAAGUGAACCAGGAGCUAACACGUAGACAGGCCGAGCUGGCCGAUAUACGUUAUGUUGUCGAGCUCGAAGAAAGCACGUUUUUUCAGUUGUUAGACAAAAAGGAUGAAAUGUGUCGACAAGUGAAUGAAGUUGCAGCGAGUUUGAGACAAGAUCUCGAGGUAGUCGAGCGCGAGAUCGAGAGACAGGAGGAGAAAAUGGCUGUCGUGAAAAACGUGUUGUCGGAGAUGGGAAAUACGGAGUGCCACACGUGUGUGGAGUACGAACACUUGAGUAGGCAGUUAAACGAGGUUGCCGUCGAGUUGACAAGACGAACGACCGAGUUGGAUGACGUCACCAUUGAGGUACAACGUAGACACCGUGAUGUUAACUUGUUGUCGACGAAACAAUCUUGUUUUGCUACCGAGUUGUUUGACGUCGUGUGUCGUCUAAAUGGAGUCGUGAUUGCACAGACAGGACAGUCGCUUGUCGACACACCGUCGGCAGACGAUAUUGAGGGUUUGUCCAAAGCGUGCACGGCUUGUCUGACUGAACUACAACGAAUAGCCGACUGGAAAAAUGGUGAAAUUACCAACCUGCACAGCUUGCUGUCGAGCAGGUCGUCUGAGCUCUCUGCAGCGGACGGUUUGCUAAGAGAAAAGCAGAGGAAACUAGCAGAGCUGCAGUCCUCUAUUGCAAGUCAGGAAACUGCAUUACAGCAGCUAGAAAGUGAGUCGAAACUACGUCACGAUGAGGAUGAACUACGGGUCAUGCAACGAAGGCAAGAAUUGGAAGGCCUUGAGGCAAAGGCAGCAGCUGUAACAUUAACGGUUGAUGACAUUGAAAGGAAGGCGGCACAGUUGGAAUGCACGAGAACGAUCGCUGAGGAUGAAUUGAACAAGAGUAUAACUGAUUUGACUGCAGUGAGACAGGAGCUAGAAGAGAUAACGAGACGAAACCGCACGUACACAUCAUUAGAAGGCACAGUUUCCAAGUUGUCGGCCGACUGUGAGAUGUUACGGAAAGAUAAUUUGACAUUACAGAAUGAUCUUGGUGAAGCAAUAAAAGAGAAACGGCAUAUGCAGUAUCAGUAUCAAAAGCUGUAUCUGAGUGCCAAGUCUGAAAUUCAUCAGAUUAAAGGUCGGUUACAAGAGUCGAAAUUUAUGGUGGAGAAACAAGGUCUUGGCGAGCCGAUUGCAAAUAGCACUUUUGUGGAUGAUCUGGAAACAAGUGUCAGCAGUCCUCAGGAUUUGAGAGAUACAAAAACCUAUCCUAACUAUAAUCCAGUUAACGGUUCGCAAGGAAGGCAUCUAGAUAAUAGAGAGACAAAGAAACAUGCAGCAGAACUAAAGUCGACGUCUGAGGAAUUGGUCAGAGCACGUUCAGCUCUUGCUACAGCGAGGCACGAACUGGCAAUCAUACAACAACAAAAGGCUGCUCGUGUUGCUCAUGAAGAUGACACGUUUUCAACGAGUAGAGACUACGAGAAGCUGAGGAAGGAGAUCACCGUGUUGCGUAGUCACCUUGAUAAAGUAGCUAGAGAGAAGAAUGGUGCUCAAUAUCGAUAUCAAACCCUUCUUCAACAGUCGAAAUCUGAAAUCCAGAGACUUAGAAGUCAAUUACAAGACUCGACAUUAUUUGCAGAGAAACAAAUUCUCAGUCAGCCACUGGCGAGCAGCACACCGUUUAAGGUUCGACCGUACAGCAGAACCACGUUUCACAACGACGAGAGCAGAAGCCGUGUGCAACGUGCCUCGCAGGUUAUUCAGAAUGAAACACAAUCAGGGUGGAGACGCGUCGGUCAGAGACCAAAGAGCUCUAUUGCCAAUAUCGUGGACGACCUAGACACACAGACUGCCUCUCACUGCAGCACUAUGAAGAGUCGCUUGCUACAGCAACUGUCAUCAUACGAGGAACGAUGCAAGUCGUGUUGCUUAGAAGCCGAGGAUUUUGUUGCAACGGCACGUAACAGGAUGAAAGACUUAGGCAAGCCUGCGUAUGGUGUCAACUGGUCAUGAUAGAGAGAGAUGAGGUCGUCUUGAAUGUGUGAAGUGUGACAGACGUCGUCACGAAGUACGGCAUCGUCUACUGUGGCAAUGAAUGUUUUAGAUCGGAACAAUGUUUGCUGCUAUUGUAUGAGGGUUCUGUUAUUAUCGAUAUGUCAUCAAGCUCUCUGGCAAAGCUGAAAUUUCCACAGAGUUCCACUGCAUCUUAUUUUCGAGUGCUCCCAAACCUCCAGUCUUCACACCAGAUGGCUGACUGGAUUAUUCCCCAGUAUUCGUCUCAGUUAGACGAGCAUCCACUCGAAGACGACCGUUUAGCAAUAAUAAG